UUAUAUUGUAAGCUACAUUCAUCAUGGGAGAGGUAGAGCAGAAACCCACGCCGGCGUCACGGCUGGGGGCCCCAGAGAAUUUGGGGGUCAGCACUUUGGAACGAGUCCAGAAAGCACCGCCCACACCUUCAGGAAAACUUAUGACCGUCAGGAUCCGGAUGCUGGAUGACACCCAGGAGGCCUUUGAAGUCCCACAACGAGCUCCGGGGAAGGUGCUGCUUGACGCCGUGUGCAGCCACCUCAACCUCGUGGAAGGCGACUACUUUGGCCUGGAGUUCCCUGACCACAAAAAGAUCAUGGUGUGGCUGGAUCUCCUGAAGCCCAUCGUGAAGCAGAUUCGCAGGCCCAAGCACGUAGUUGUGAAGUUUGUGGUGAAAUUCUUCCCACCUGACCACACACAACUCCAGGAAGAGCUCACCAGGUACCUGUUUGCCCUGCAGGUGAAGCAGGACUUGGCGCAAGGCAGGUUGACGUGUAACGACACCAGCGCUGCUCUCUUAAUCUCUCACAUCGUACAGUCUGAGAUUGGGGAUUUCGACGAAGCAUUGGACAGAGAACACUUAGCAAAAAAUAAGUACAUACCUCAACAGGACGCACUAGAAGACAAAAUUGUGGAGUUCCACCAUAACCACAUUGGACAAACCCCGGCAGAGUCCGAUUUCCAGCUCCUGGAGGUGGCCCGUCGGCUGGACAUGUACGGGAUCCGGCUACACCCUGCCAAGGACAGGGAAGGCACCAAGAUCAACCUGGCUGUCGCCAACACGGGAAUUCUAGUGUUUCAGGGUUUCACCAAGAUCAAUGCUUUUAACUGGGCCAAGGUGCGGAAGCUGAGCUUCAAGCGGAAGCGCUUUCUUAUCAAGCUCAGGCCCGACGUGAAUAGCUCAUACCAGGAUACCUUGGAGUUCCUGAUGGCCGGUCGAGACUUCUGCAAGUCCUUCUGGAAGAUCUGUGUGGAGCACCACGCCUUCUUCAGACUCUUCGAAGAGCCCAAACCAAAGCCGAAGCCCGUUCUCUUCAGCCGAGGGUCGUCUUUCCGGUUCAGUGGCCGGACUCAGAAGCAGGUUCUCGACUAUGUGAAAGAAGGAGGCCACAAGAAAGUGCAGUUUGAAAGAAAACACAGCAAGAUCCACUCCACUAGGAGCCUAGCUUCUCAGCCCACGGCACCGAACUCAGAAGCGCCAAAGCAGUCUCCGCAGAGCGCCAGCCUCACGUUUGGCGAAGGUGCUGAGUCUCCCGGUGGCCAGAGCUUCCAGCAAGCAAAGGAAACAAAACUCUCUGCCUUGGAGUCGGGACCUCACCAAAGCCCCGCUCUCUCUAAGAGCGCUCCAGGGAGCAAAGCUGUGGACGGAGCCACCGUGGUGCCGCCCGAGGAAGAGGAGGAGGGUGGCAUCCAGCGCAGUACACCUCAGCCCCCGCAGCCAAGCACAGGCUCCCUGACUGGUAGCCCUCACCUUUCAGAGCUGUCCAUCAACUCUCAGGGAGGAGUCGCUCCAGCCAACGUGACCGUGUCUCCCAACCUGAGCCCUGACACCAAGCAGGCCUCUCCCCUCAUCAGCCCGCUGCUGAAUGACCAAGCGUGCCCCAGGACUGACGAUGAAGAGGAGGGCCGGCGAAAGAGAUCCCCAACCGACAAGGCGUACUUCAUUGCUAAGGAAGUUUCCACUACUGAGCGGACAUACCUGAAGGAUCUUGAGGUCAUCGCUUCGUGGCUUCAGAGCACAGUCAGCAAAGAGGACUCCAUGCCCGAAGCCUUGAAAAGCCUCAUAUUCCCGAAUUUUGAACCUUUGCACAAGUUUCAUACCAAUUUUCUCAAGGAGAUUGAGCAGCGACUUGCCCUGUGGGAAGGACGCUCAAAUGCCCACAUCAGGGGAGACUACCAAAGAAUCGGGGAUGUCAUGCUGAGGAACAUCCAGGGCAUGAAGCACCUGGCGGCCCACCUGUGGAAACACAGCGAGGCCUUGGAGGCCCUGGAGGCCUCCAUCAAAGGCUCCCGGCGGCUGGAACACUUCUGCCGAGACUUCGAGCUGCAGAAAGUGUGUUACCUGCCACUCAACACCUUCCUCCUGCGCCCUCUGCACCGGCUCAUGCACUACAAACAGGUCCUGGAGCGGCUGUGUAAGCACCACCCUCCCAGCCACGCCGACUUCAGGGACUGCCGGGCUGCCCUGGCAGAGAUCACAGAGAUGGUGGCGCAGCUGCACGGGACGAUGAUUAAGAUGGAGAACUUCCAGAAGCUGCACGAGCUCAAGAAAGAUUUGAUCGGCAUCGACAAUCUUGUGAUCCCAGGACGGGAGUUCAUCCGCCUGGGCAGCCUCAGCAAGCUCUCGGGGAAAGGGCUCCAACAGCGCAUGUUCUUCCUGUUCAACGACAUGCUGCUGUACACCAGCCGGGGGCUGACGGCAUCUAACCAGUUUAAAGUCCACGGGCAGCUCCCGCUCUAUGGCAUGACGGUGGAGGAGAGUGAGGAGGAGUGGGGUGUGCCCCACUGCCUGACCCUGCGAGGCCAGCGGCAGUCCAUCAUCGUGGCCGCCAGUUCCCGGUCAGAGAUGGAGAAAUGGAUGGAGGAUAUUAAGAUGGCCAUUGCCCUAGCAGAGAAAAGCAACGGACCCACCCCUGAGCUCCUUGCCAGCAGCCCUCCUGACAACAAGUCCCCAGAUGAAGCCACAGCCGCUGACCAGGAGUCAGAGGAUGACCUGAGCGCCUCUCGGACCUCACUGGAGCGCCAGGCUCCUCACCGUGGCAACACAAUGGUGCACGUGUGCUGGCACCGCAACACCAGUGUCUCCAUGGUAGACUUCAGCAUCGCUGUGGAGAACCAGCUGUCUGGGAACUUGCUGAGGAAGUUCAAGAACAGUAACGGGUGGCAGAAGCUGUGGGUGGUGUUCACCAACUUCUGCCUGUUCUUCUACAAGUCACACCAGGACAAUCACCCCCUCGCCAGCCUGCCUCUGCUGGGCUACUCCCUCACCAUCCCCUCGGAGUGUGAGAACAUUCACAAGGGCUACGUGUUCAAACUGCACUUCAAGUCCCACGUGUACUACUUCAGGGCUGAAAGCGAAUACACAUUUGAAAGGUGGAUGGAAGUGAUCCGAAGCGCUACCACCUCAGCCUCUCGGGCCCACGUUUUGAGUCACAAAGAAUCUCACCUGUAUUGACGGCUGGACACACUCAUUGGUUGGCCCAGCCACGGCUGCAUUCUUGGAUAUAACAAAGCCUAGUGAAUCUCACACCUGUCUGAACACACUGACCAUCUGCAGUGGUUCUUGCCCACCUCCCUCCACAGGCGACGCUCCAAACCUUGUCUUUCUCCAGUACUGAUCUCUCGUGAACAGCCUUCCCCCUCCAGGGGGGAGGACUUGUCUUGCCGUUCUUACGGGGCGCGUUGGCUUGUGCCAGUAUUGAGACAUUGUCAUCCAGAGUGCCAAAUGACAGCUUUGCUGUGCAAGCGCACCCUGGUGCAGGGCCCCCACGUCCGUUCACCUGAAGACACAGCAAGUGU